AUUCUUUUCAUUUUCUCUUUCUUUCUCUCUCUCUCUUUCUCUCUCUCUUUUUCCCUCCCUCUCUCUCUCCACCCCCCUACUGCCUCUCUCUCUCUCUCUCUCUCUCUCUCUCUCCUUUUGCUUUCUUGGUAGUAGUUGAGAGGAAGGAGGGUCGGCGCAGGACAGAGAGAAGAGGGAAAACAGAAAAAGAAUUGUGUGCCACUAUGUCUGAAUAUAUCUUCUACUUGUAGAUAAUUACAUCCAAGUUGCCUUUUUGCCUUUUUAUUUCCGUUUUUGGACACCUCUUUUUAUCAUCCAGCCAACUGGGAUAGACAAAGCACCGCUGGUGCCCUGAGCGACAGAACUCUGGUAGGGGGCUGGCUGUAAAUUGACGUGGCAUGGAAAUUCUCCGCUAAGUUGUAGCAGCUUGCAUGUUUCUCUAAGAUCAAGCCCAGCCUCCUGGAGCUGUAGCUUAAUCAUGGGUUCAAUGACUUUACAGAAAAAUGGAUAGAAAAAUUCUUCAACUCCUUUCUUUGGAUCCGGAUGGUUUUUUUUUUUUUUUUUUUUUUUUGGUUAUCUAUGGUUUAGCUGAAAACAAAAUCAAAGCAGUUAAGUCUGUAACUUUCUUUUUGCAGCUUAAACAACAGAAUUUGCUGCUCUCCCUCCCCUUUCCUGCAAUUUAAUUCCUUACAGAUUUUGCCAUGGGGUGUGGACUUAGAAAGCUAGAAGACCCUGAUGAUAGCAGCCCUGGAAAAAUAUUUUCUACCCUGAAGAGACCGCAAGUGGAAACAAAGACAGAAUUUGCUUACGAAUAUGUAUUGCUGGAUUUUACUCUACAAGCUUCAUCAAACCCAGAAGUCAUCAAGAUAAAUUCAAUUCUGGAUAUAGUAACAAAAGUGGAAGACUAUUAUCUUAAAGGAUAUAUUGUCGGGGCUAUUCAUCCUGUUAUACAACCUGUGGGGCAGCGAAAACACCUACCUGCAAGUUGCCUAUACAGAGUGGUGCUAUCACGCUUGAAAUUAAGGAUUACUUCAGACAGGCUUAGCAGUACCCUUGCAAGGCUAAGAAUAAGCAAAGAAAAAAGAUCAGAAAAGAAGAAAAAGGGAAAAGGGCAAUAUUUACUUGCAUUUAAAUGGAAUUUUUACUUCUGCUUUUGUUUGAUAAGCCCAAAGAAUUCGGCAGCACCCAGUGGACAAAGACGCCCAAGGCUUGUGAUUGAGGAAUGUCCCCUAACUUCUGAGGCACAAACAAAUGACGCAGCAAAAGAACUGAUAGAAAAGAUUAAUUUCGCUGCUAAAAGAGGAAUGAAAUUUGUUGGAUUCAUAUCACAGCCUUAUUCUCCAUAUAAAUUCUGCAAUGGAACCAACCAUGAUGGAGAUAUAGAAUCGAUGCUACAUGUGAGACACAGUUCAGAUGAAAACUGUAGAAGUUGGAAUGAAGGGACAUUAAGUGGGCAAUCAUCUGAAAGUGGAAUUGAGGAAGAACUUCAUCAUGAAAGUGGACAGUAUCCAAUGGAACAAAAUGGCAGCCCUAGUUCCUCUAAAUCAAGAAAGGGAGAAGCCUCAGACAACAAAUUGUAUACAGUCUUCAAUGCUUUUGAUGAUGAUUCAACCUCCUGGACCUAUCAGGAAGGCAUCCUGUCAAUGAAAGUAACAAGAAAAGGAUCAGUCAUUAGUACACUUGAUGCUGAUUGGCUGGAGUUAACUACCUUUUAUUAUAAACAAGGCUUGUCUUUAAUUGAUUCUUUUGUAUUCUGGGAAACAUCUAAAGGGGAACAUUUGCCUAAAUCUUUGGAAGGAUUUUUUAUCUAUGAAGAAGAAGGUUCUGGAGUUCCAGGUUCUAGUAGGAAAGGAAAUGAUGCCAUCGUAGUAGAACAAUGGACUGUUAUUGAGGGAUGUGAAAUCAAAACAGAUUAUGGCCCUCUGCUGCACACUCUGGCUGAAUUCGGAUGGCUUCUGACAAGCGUGUUGCCCACACCUGUAUUAAGACAUGACAGUGAAGGGAAUUUGGCUACAAAGCAGAUCAUAUUCCUUCAGAGGCCAGUUAUGUGGAAUUCAGCUGCUCAAACACCAGAUAAGAAAGCCAGCCGCCGCAUAAAAGGUGAAGACAAGAACAAAGCCACUAGUAGGAGCAUCGGAUUAGACACAACCGCGCCACAACCUGCAGAGAGCAGACACCCGCCUGAGGAGUGCCGCCUUUCUCCCUCCCGGGAAUGCUGGACAAAAGAGGGAAGGCUGGCACAGCACAACAGCUUCUCUGGGUUCAGCAGCAGUGACAGCGUCCUCCGGGAAUUAGACGACGGACAGUUUGAUCAGGAAGAUGGCGUGACUCAGGUCACUUGUAUGUGAGCCAUGAGGUGAAGCAAAGGAAGGCCCUGUAAAUAAUUGUUAAAAUCAUUGCCAACUGACUUUAUUGUAUUACUUUCGCUGCAUUUAUGUAAUAUUUUUGAAUUUUUCCAGACUCAGCCUUUCCUCUAAUCUAUGUAAACUUUGGCACAACCUCCCAGACAAGGAAGAAUAACCAACAUAUUUAUACAUUUAGAAUCAUGUUUACACUUCUCUCAACUAAAACAUCUGGUUAAACAGAUGUUCCAUUCGGUUAUUACACAAUAAUCUAUUUCAGCUUCUCAUGAAUGUACAAAGUAGACUUUCUUACAAUUCCUGGUAAGGAGACUGAAUAUCUCAAUCAGUAUUUUACCUAAUUAGAGAGAGUUCUCAGGAAGUUACGGUCUUAUUUAAGCUGAAAAAUAACCUCUCUCUCUCUCUUUCUUUUUUUUCUCUCUCUCUCAUACACACACACAGCUAAUUAGUGAAAAUAAAUAUCUAUUUCCCAAAUAUAACAAUUAAUCCACAUUUUGUCUUUAACUAUAGCAUGUAUAUACAAAGCAAGCCUCUAUGUGUUAAAAUAUUUUUUGAAAAAAUCUUUUUUAUAUGUCUUUGCUUUUAAAGGGUCAUGUCACCAACCCUGUACUGAUUAAUUGCCCAUAUAUGUUGUUGCUCCUAAAAGCCUAAAAAUGCAGACAGCAAAGCAGCAUCUCUUAAAAUUCAAUAUGAAAAGAACCCAUAAUCUCAAUACAUAAAUACCUUAGUAGAGAGUAAGAUUUAAUUUUUUUUAUUUUAAAGUCCAAAUACUAUGAAGAGGAAAAACAUCAACUUCAAGUUGAAACUGAAGUCUUUUACAUCUGUCUAGAUUUGAAUUCUGCUUUUAUUUUGACUUGUUAAAUCCUGAAGAGUGUUGAAAUCUAGAAUUUUCAAUCCAGCAGGAGUAGAAAGAUGCUCAUAGCACAGGCGAUAUGUAUGAUAACCUAUUUUGUUUCAUCUUGCUUUUCUUUCCCCUUCUAAUAGAGGUGGCUUUGCCUUGACCCAGUCUUUAACAAUCUUUAAAAUUCUACAAAAUAGAGGAUUUUCGUUUAUCUAUGAAAGGCUUACUUUGAAAGAUGGAACCUUCAAGUGAAUUACAACUUACUCUAUCAUUGAUGAAUUCAGCCUAUUAUAUAUUUUUAUUAACAUUGAUGUUGACAUUGUAAGAUCAUUUUAAUAAUAAAACAUCAUUUUUAUUGGGUUAUUAUUUUAUUGAACACAAAUAUUCAUAUAAUAUGUUUGGUUUUGGGGUUUUUUGUGGCUUUUUUUGAGACGGAGUCUCACUCUGUCACCCAGGCUGGAAUGCAGUGACACAGUCUCAGCUCACUGCAACCUCCACCUCCUGGGUUCAAGUGAUUCUCCUGCCUCAGCCUCCAGAUUAGCUGGAACUACAGGCAGUGUAAGCCACCACGCCCAGCUAAUUUUUGUAUUUUUAGUAGAGAUGGGGUUUCACCACGUUGGCCAGGAUGGUCUGAAUCUCUUGACCUCGUGAUCUGCCUGCCUCAUCCUCCCAAAGUGCUGGGAUUACAGGCGUGAGCCACCAUGCCUGGCCCUCAUAUAGUGUGUUUUAUACAUAUAACAGGUAUGUAUUACAUGUUAUCAGUUAUAUAGUGUAUCUAAACUAAGUCAAUCUCCAUUAAUUGCUGAUAAAAUUAACAGGAAUUAUUCCACUUUUAUCAUCCAGAAGUACAGUAUAAAGGAAUUUAAGAAUGUUCUGCUCAGUCUUAUUCUAUAGCAAUAGCUGUCAACAAUAUUUGCAGAAAUGGUUUUUGUUUUGACUUUUAGUUGGACUUGAGUUCCAUAAUCAAGAGUUAGUGGAUUUUUGGUAGAAACAAUCACUCCUUCCGGAGUCCACAAAAUGUAAUGAAGUUAGGAAGCACAAAGAACAAAUCAGAAAGAUCCAUUUUUCCCAAUGCCAGGGUCUACAAGAGGUAGAGACUUCUUUAUCAUUCAGUCCAUAUAUAUAGGGGAUUGGAAGUAGUAAAUUAAAAACAGAAAUAGAAAUUUAUAUUUGACUAAGAAAAAGCUCAGAAAUAUAGCAAUAACUUUUUUUUUUUUUUUUUGAGACAGAGUCUCACUCUAUUGCCCAGGCUGCAAUCUCAGCUCACUGCAACCUCCGCCUCCCAGGUUCAAGUGACUCUCCUGCCUCAGCCUCCUGAGUAGCAGGGAUUACAGGCCUGCACCACCAUGCCUGGCUAAUUUUUGUAAUUUUAGUAGAUAUGGGGUUUCACCAUGUUGGCCAGGCUGGUCUCGAACUCCUGGCCUCAAGCAAUCUACCCAGCUUGGCCUUCCAAUGUGCUGGGAUUACAGGUGUGAGCCACUGUACCCAGCCAAGCAAUCGCUUUUUUAAAAAAUUUGUGUAAGCAUACUUUCUCAGUUUAUUUUUUUCCCCUCCCCUCUCACUUUAUUUUUAAUCUGAGUUAUUUCUUCUUAUUAAAAUAACUUUUAUUAAAAUAAACUUACUAGUCUGUCAUAUCCUCAAAACUUGUUUUAGAAGCAUUUGCUCCAACAAUUACCCUUAAGUUAUGUGAUGAAUUUGUAUGAUAGUGAAUAAUUUAUGGCCAAGUUGUUCUAGAGCAUUUUAAAUAUGUGUAAAUAGCUCUGAGCCUAUUCUUUUUAAAAAAAGGAACAAAACCUGAGCUCUCUAUGCCUAAGGAGUUAAAUAUGUCUAAUUUUAUUAUCUGCCAGUUGUAUAUUCAGUUCUUUUUAUAACACUACGGAUUUCCUUAGGGGCUCUGGCAUGUGAAUUUUUAAAACCUGUAAGUUAUAAUGAAAGGUAUCAAGAUCCCAGAUGUCGGGUGAAGAUCUGCCAUUCCCCUUGGUGUAGUAUCUAUGGCAUUUUCAUCUUUGUUUUCAAUAACCAAGUGUUAAUUCCAUCCCCUUUGGAUUGUAUAUCACCUUGUUAUCUUUCAUGGACACAUUUAACACCUACCUAAUCACCAGGGAAAUCAGCUCUAUCAGUGUCACUACAAUUCAUUUCAGUAAAAGAGAAAAGGAAAGGUCACCCUCUUUGAGAGAUUCUAGGGCUUUUAGGAUGAGGAGAAGCAGGAGACAGAGCUACAGUCUAUUCAAAUCACAACUAUCUCCAAAUCAUUGGUGUUAUCAGGUGCAGGUGUUUAUAUAUUUGAAUAUAAAUGUAACAGAUGCAUUUUCAUUUCUUUCAUUCUGGAGUGCGGGAGGAGCUGGCCCGUUUUCCCACCCUUGCCUGUUAUUGAUUCCUCACCACCAUUCCUUCUUUGCCGGAAGGACUGUGGCCCUUUCCGUCCCCAUAUGGCUAAAGAGGAUUUCUUUCUCUUAACUCUUCAGAGCCCCAGAGUAGUACUGUAUGGAAAGUGUAAAUUCAGAUAGAGAAUCAAAUGAAGGGAAAUUGCCAACAGUGGGGAUAGUAUAUAACUAAGCACACAUUAUAUAAAAAUGUACUAGUGGAUACAUAGAAAAACUAGCUAAAUGUUACUCAUCAGAACUUGUAACACAUCAAUUUAAAUAACAUUUGCUGGUAAUCUAUCAUCCCUUGAGAAUGAAUUUUAUUUGUGCAAUAGUGCAAAGUUUGCAGAACCAGGUCUGUCAGAUGUUUAAGUUCUGAGAUGGUGUUUGAGGCAGAAAAUUAGGCAAAACUGUAAAAUGAUGAGCCUCAGUUUUGGUGAGGUUCAUAAAGUUUUGGUGAAGACGACUGCAAAAGAAAUGGGUUCUAAACAUGUUUUGAGCGUUCAAAUUAUUGUAUGUAAAAGUACCAAGUAAUUAAAUCAAUAGAGGGAAUAAAUGGAACAUUUAUGUGUAAGAUAAA